AUGAAGAAUAAAACCAAGACCUCUGAGUUCUUCCUGGAGCUCCUCGACAACAGUGAGAAAUCCCUGAAUAACAUGUUCACGCGGACCUACGGGAAGCUGUACAUGCAGAACAGUGAGCUGUUCCAGGACCUGUUCACGGAGCUGAAGCGUUACUACACCGGGGGGAACGUCAACCUGGAGGAGAUGCUGAAUGACUUCUGGUCCCGUCUGCUAGAGAGGAUGUUUCAGCUGCUGAACUCUCAGUACCACUUCACCGACGACUACAUGGAGUGUGUCAGUAAAUACACUGACCAGCUGAAGCCUUUCGGUGACGCACCCCGGAAACUAAAGGCCCAGGUCACCAGGGCCUUCAUCGCUGCAAGGACCUUCGUCCAGGGCCUCAUGGUGGGCAGGGAGGUGGCUAACAGGGUGGCUAAGGUGAAUGUGGCCCCCGCCUGCAUCAGGGCCCUGACUAAGAUGCUGUACUGUCCGUACUGCAGGGGCCUGCCUGGGCUGAAGCCCUGUCAUAACUACUGCCAUAAUGUGAUGAGAGGCUGUCUGGCGAACCAGGCUGACCUAGAUCCUGAGUGGAACCUCUUCAUAGAUGCCAUGUUGCUGGUAGCUGACCGGCUGGAGGGACCCUUCAACAUCGAAGCCAUCAUGGAACCCAUAGAUGUAAAGAUCUCUGAAGCCAUCAUGACCAUGCAAGAAAACAGCAUGACAGUUUCAGCUAAGGUGUUCCAGGGGUGUGGUCAGCCCAAGCCGUCUGGGAUGGGCAGCAGCAGAUCAGCCAGGGGGAUCUCUGAUGUCUUCAACGCCCGAUUCAGACCCUACAGCCCAGAGGAGAGACCCACCACGGCCGCUGGCACCAGCCUGGACAGACUGAGGACAGUGUGGAGGACAAUGCAACACAGCGUGCUAGACAUUAAGAAGAAGCUGAAGCAGUCCAAAAGGUUCUGGUCCAACCUGCCAGAUGAGAUCUGUAUUAAAGACAAGUUGACCGAGUCAGAUGAAGAGCAGUGUUGGAACAGUCACGCCAAGGCCAGGUAUUUUCCUGAGGUGGUAAAGGACGGCCUCACCAACCAGCUGAACAACCCAGAGGUGGCGGUGGACAUCACUAGACCGGACACUCUGAUUCGCCAACAGAUCAUGACACUCAGAGUGAUGACCAACAAGCUGAGAAACGCCUACAACGGCAACGACAUCUUCUUUCAGGACUCCAGUGACGAGGGCAGCGGCAGCAGCAGUGGCUGUACAGAGGGAUGUACCACAGAGUUUGUGUUUGUGGGUCCAGAGGCCCCCGUGGUGGGAGCAGACAGGAGUGAUGAGCGAGCUUCUGCUGCAUCAGGCAACGCCCCACAUCCCUCCAGACCCUCUCCCCUGCUACUGACCCUCUCUCUCACAGCCCUGUCCUGGUCCAAGAGAUAAUACCAGCUGGCCCGAGAGGACACCAGGACAUUACCCCUGCUCCUGACCCUCUCUCUCACAGCCCCGUCCUGGUCCAAGAGAUAAUACCAGCUGGCCUGAGAGAACACCAGGACAUUACUGCUACUCUGACUCUGGCACCAAUCAGACAGCCAGCCAGCCGGUCGUCAUACUAACUGUUAGUGUUCUCUAAACGGAACCAGAACAGGACAACCCUUUUGGAUCCCCACCAUGAAGAGAUAUGGUGACAGUAGUAUACUGUAGUAGACUGAGGAGUGUUGUGAGUGCUGCAUCCUGCUUUGUCCCCAAAGAUCUCUCUGUUCUAAUCUGUUCUGUUCUAAUCUGUUCUGCUCUGUUCUGCUCUAUUCUAAUCUGUUCUGCUCUAUUC